AUGAGCCCAAUCUCGCCGCCCAAUCCUUCACCUGUUCCAUCUCUACUUGGCCAGCAUCGAACCAGCAGCAGUCAAGCGCGUUUGUCCACAGACAGGGAUGACGGUUCGCUCGAUUUGGUACCGCUCUUACAACGCUCCGGUCCGUCGAUCGUGAAGUCGCGCAAUGGAAGCGUGCUUUCGCGUGGCUUUAUUCUCAAGACUGAUUUCUAUCCUUCUGGUCGCGCUCUGGAACUUGAUCUGAACGUGCAUGGCGCUCCCAACUUCCGCGCACCUCGUCAAGGAGAUCUGAACGUGUUUGGGGCUGCACAACCGCGCUCACAGGGUCUGCGAGCCAUCUUGUCUGUCCUGCGUGCGAGACCGGGUGUACAGAAUCCCUCACAUGUCGUGUGGUUCUCUACGCGUGAAGAGCCUAUAGUGUACAUCUCCGGGCGACCCUUUGUCCUACGAGACUCGUCGGAGCCUCGGAAGACCCUGCGGAUGUCCGAUAGGGCAGAGAACCUCGAGGCCAUCGAACACCGCCUGAAGGCCGAUAUACUCGCGGAGUCUGCGAAAUAUGGUGGUCUACUCCUGACGCAUAACGAGGUCGCCGUGGAGGACGGAGAUGGUGCUAUCCUGCCAACUUGGACCGCAGUUGAUGGAAACAAUGUCAGAACGUCUCGCGAAUUGUGGGAACACCUCGCUACUGAAGGAUGGCACGUAGAGUAUCAUCGUGUACCCAUUUCGCCGGAUCGACCCAUCGAAGACAACUAUAUCGACGCAUACCUACGUGUCAUCAAGAAUCUGGAUCCUCUGCGUACCUCGUUGGUAUUCUCUUGUGGUAUGGGCGCUGUCCGAACAACAUUUGCGAUGACUACAGCGUGCAUCUUCCGACGACGGCAACUCAUGCUCCGAGGAUUGCCCGAUCCAUACGGUUCUCGCCUCCCUCAUACCCCUUCCAGAGCUGGAACACCUAUCAGCGGUGGCGCUAAUACGCCCACUCAGGAAUUGCGCAGGUUACCUGCAGAAUCCAAGGUUGUCGCGACGCUCGAGCAAGCAAGCUUGCAACAAGAUAUGAACCGAUCGCUUCUGCGACUCACCUAUGUUCUGCAACAGUGCUUACCCGCCUCAGCGCCUCAUCACGUCAUCGAGAUUCUCCUCUCCCAUCCGUCUUUGCUUGACAGCUUGAGACGCGCCCACAUGGGCUCGUAUGGGAUUGUCCUGUCUCUCCUAGGCCUCCUAGAUGACGGACAACGGGCCAAGAAGCUAGUUGACAAGGUCAUAGACAAUGUCGAUCACGUCGUCAAUCUGCGUGAAGAUAUCCUUGUGCAUCGUGUACGUUACAGUCUCAGCACGCUCGAAGAAGGGGAUAGCGGCGAAUAUCUUGCCAAGGCAGCCAGGGCUCUUGAGAAGUACUUCUUCCUGAUCUCCUUUGCGAGCUAUGUCGACGCGCAGACGGACUUCAAGACGUCUUUUGUCGACUGGUUGAAACCUCGUACCGAAAUAUGGAACCAGAUCCUCUUCUUGCGUAAAUCUCAUGGCUCGCGCCUGAAUGUGUUCGCUCCUGUCCACGACUUGACCGCGCUAUCACGCUCUGGGUCUAUGGAACGCGCGACCACUCGCGGUCACAGAAAUGACGUGCAGAUCGCUGGUGGCGAGAUGCUUGGUGACGAGUACUCUGAGUAUGUUGUGAAGACCCGCGCAGGCGUGAUCCUGCGUGAGGGCAUGCUUCUCAAGAGCGAUCAGUGGCUCGGCGAGUCUGCUCACGUCGAAGCCGGCGUGCGAGGCGCAAUCAACUUCCGCCGGGUUCCAGGCACAAGCAUCUAUGCUCUCGGACAACCUGCUGUGGAGGCAAUUGACGAAGUUGUACGGCGCAUACGCCAGAAUAGCCCCGGUGCAGAGAAGAUUGUCUGGGUUGCUCUGCGGGAGGAGCCGCUUGUCUAUGUCAACGGUGCGCCUUACUGUCUCAGGAGAGAACGGUUCUCCCUGCGCAACAUGAAAGACUACGGCGGCAUCUCUGCUUCCCGAUUGGAGACAUUGGAGGAACGCCUUCGUGACGACGUUGUAUCGGAGGUACACUCAUUUGGCGGCAAACUCCUACUUCACACUGAGGUCAACGACGGCGCCGUCAUUCCCGUUUGGGAAGAUGCCCGUCCCGGAGAUGUUGCGGUGCUGAAGGAAGUCAUGAACUCGCGGCGCACACACCCUUCGUCUGAUGGCCUUCCUCCGCUCGAGGUUUCAUACGUACGGAUACCCAUCACGGCUGAGCACCCACCGGACUUCAGCGACUUUGGAGCACUCAUCGCUCUCGCGCUUAGUACCGACAUGGCGAACACACCCGUUGUGCUCAACGAUCAACUGGGACGAGGAAGAGCAUCGCUCGCCGCUGUUAUCUUGGUGUUGGUGCAGAACUGGCUUCACCGAGACCGUGAGACGACGGCGCCUAUGCUUCAGCGAAGCCAGAGCAUGAGCAGGAUCAGCGGCGUUGGCGAUGCGGGUAUGAACGAAACUCCCAUCCGCAGGCAAUCUUAUCAGGUCAUCAAUAAUGUCUUGCGUGUGGUCCGAAAAGGGCCUGCCAUCAAGAACGCUGUCGACGAGGCCAUCGACCAGUGCGGUGAAGUGUUCAACAUACGCGACUCGAUUGAGGAGGCCCGCAUCAAGUGUGAACAAGCAACCGACUCCGGCAUGCAGAAGAUGUACGCUCAACGGGGUAUACAGAACCUGCGCAGGUACUUCGAGCUCAUCGUCUUCGCCGCGUAUCUCCAAUCGACGGAACCGGACACCAUAUCGACGUCGCCAUCCUUCGAGACGUUCGUCAAGUCGCUUCCCGUGCUGAAGACGUUCGAGAAAGAGCUCACCGCGGACGGAAUGGCCGCACUCCGUCCACUAGUGCGCGUCGAUAUAGGCGACGGCCUCGCGUUGCCCGACGAAGUAUCCGCCGUAGUCUCCAACCGCGCGGGCAGUAUACUCAGUCAGAGCACGAUCCUCAAGAGCGACUUCUUCUCUAAUCUGCAGAAGAUGAGCCUUCCUGAGCGGAUCGACGGUGCACCGAACUUCCGACGCGUGCCACUUGUACUGCAUCUCGCCCAGCGAGGUGAGGAUGCCGACGCUGAUGUUGAUUUCGUCCCUGGCGCACAAGAUAGUAGAUGGGUGUGCGGGAGCGGUAUGCCAACGGUUCAAGGUCUCCGCCGGGCGCUCGCGAGGAUUGAUGCGGGCCCCGAGGGCAGCAACACCGCAGUAUGGACAUCGCUUCGGGAGGAGCCUGUUCUCUACGUCGCCGGCCGACCGCACGUUCUUCGCCUGGUCGAUCGUCCGCUUGAGAACGUUGAGGCGACAGGUGUGACUACUGAUAUGGUAGAGCGAAUGGAAGCCAACUUGAAGCGUGAUGUCAUCGAAGAAGUACGCGCCGGAAACGGCCGUGUCCUCCUGCACGAUGAGGUCGAAGAGCGUCCUGGCCACUUCGCGAUCGUACCCAUAUGGGAAACGGUCGCCGAGGACGAUAUCAUGACCCCCCGCGACGUCUUCGAACUCAUGGAGCGGGAUGGAUAUAAGAUAGACUACGGUCGUGUGGCCAUCACCGAUGAGCAAGCGCCGCUUCCCGCUGCGCUAGCUCAACUGUUCGAUCGUGUGGCGUCUCGUUAUGACAGCGCCGGGGACUUCAUCUUCAACUGUCAGAUGGGCCGUGGACGUACGACUACGGGAAUGGUCUCGGCUUCUCUCAUCGCCACAACGAUGCACUGGAAGGAGUCUUCCGAUGUUCAGAACGCGCCUCCAGGCAGCCCCGCGGAUGAAUAUGACUACGUCGAGGGAGCCUCCGAGGAAGAGGCGUACCUGCAGGGGGAGUAUAAAAGUAUACUGCAACUAGUCGGCAUUCUCUCGCACGGGAAGGUCGCUAAGAAGUUGACCGAUCGCUCUAUCGACCUUAUGCAAGAUGUGCAGAACUUACGCAAGGCAAUUUACGAUAACAAGCUCAAGGUCGAGGCGUGUGAGAAGGGUACGAACAAGUACCGCAAGCUAUUCAACCUCGCCAUCAACUACCUAUAUCGCUACGCUAUGCUCAUCGUAUUCGCUAACUAUCUCAUUGAACGCCGCGAGGACGGCAACGAGAGUUCGUUCCCGUCCUGGCUUGCGGAGCAUCGCGAGAUCAAGAAGAUCCUGGACCGACGUUCGCUUGACUGA